AUGGCUAGUACUGCACAACACCAGCAAAAGACGGACUCCAAACUGCGGAACAUAAGAAAUCAGAUGGGUCAGAUGCAAGCUAUGCAGAGUCAGAUAAGUCAGAUGGCAAUAUCAAUCAACCGUCUGGAGUCUCAAGUAAACAGAAAAUUGCCAUCCCAACCUGAACUGAACCUGAAGAACGUAAGUGCAACGACCUUAAGGAGCGGGAAGGAAAUCCAAGAACCUGACCUCACUAUUUCAAAGGACAAGGAUGAGGAAAAGAUCGAAAGCGAGCUUGAGAAGGAGGGCAGCAAUGACACAGAUCCAAAGGUACUCCCAGACCCAGCCAUUACAGUAAAAACGAACUCGCCUCUCUUUCCUAUCAGGUUAGAGAAAUCGAGGAAGCAGGAUAAGGAGAAGGAGAUCUUGGAGGUGUUCCGCAAGGUGGAAAUCAAUAUUCUCCUAUUAGACGCUAUCAAACAAGUGCCGAAGUAUGCAAAGUUUUUGAGGGACCUGUACAUCAAUCGAAGGAGGCUAAGGGGAGAUGAAAGAGUCAUCGUAAGGGAGAAUGUGUCCGCAGUUUUGCAGAGGAAUCUCCCACCGAAGUGCGGGGAUCCGGGUAGGUUUACUGUCCCAUGUAGGAUAGGUAAUACUUUGAUUAGGAAUACCCUACUGGACUGGGGAGCAUCGAUCAACAUAAUGCCUAAAUCUAUGUAUGCUUUUCUGAACCUCGGUUCAUUAAAAGAAACCGAGAUAAUAAUUCAAUUAGCUGACCGAACAAAUGCAUACCCUGAUGGGUUGAUCGAGGAUGUGCUGGUUAAAAUUAAUGAAUUGGUAUUUUCAGCUGACUUAUAUGUACUUGACAUGGAUGAUGACCAUUCCCCUGACCCCUCACCUUUACUACUAGGUAGACCUUUUUUUAGCACAACACAGACAAAAAUUGACGUUAAUAAGGGUACAUUGUCCAUGAAAUUUGAUGGAGAACUAGUCCACUUUAAUAUGUUUGAUACAAUGGAACAUCCUGUUAACUCUCACUCUGUGUUUGUUAUUCAUGCUAUUAAUCCCUCUGUGCAAGAAUUUUCUGAGUUUGCUUGUAGGGGCAAAUUCAAAUUUACUGAGAACAAGUAUAAGGGGAUGAAAGCAAUGUAUGAGGUGAAAAGGAAUAGAAAAUUAAGAAAGAAUGCUGCACUCAAAGGCUAUUUGGAUCCUGGAGGAAGGCCACCGAUUAUAAGGAAAAUUGAGUUACACCCAAAUUGA